UUCCUUAUAUUGAUUAAUUUUUCCUAUUUUUUUCUCCUUCUUCUUCCUAGGUGCUGCUACCAAGCCCUCACCACUGCUCGCCUUCUUCUUUGCCUCGGCCACGUGAUAGUGGGUGUAGGGCAGGUGGGGUGGGUUAAAGGUACCCUCUAGACUGUUUAAAUCUUUAAGAAAUGCAAACACCAUGCCAUGUAGAAAAAAGAACAGACAGUAUCUAAUCAGAAAAUAAGACAAACGGACAGAUGAUGAAAUUAAACUUGCUCUUUUUCCUCUGCUCUUCCCCUCCCUUUUUUUUCGUCUGCGCGAUCCGGGAACAACUACAGCAAAAACCUUCUUCACUACAUACCCACACUUUACCUCUCUCACCCUUCUCUCUGCGCAGCGGUGAAUUUCUCAAUCGCUUUCUGCACAGCUUACUUCCUAGCAUUUUUGUCACGCCGAAUCCCCACUGA